AUGGCGGACAGAUAUUCGUUCUCCUUGACCACAUUCUCCCCUAGUGGAAAGCUGGUUCAAAUAGAAUAUGCAUUAAAUGCAGUCAAUCAAGGUGUUACGGCACUGGGUAUCAAAGCUACAAAUGGCAUCGUCCUCGCAACAGAAAAGAAGUCAUCAUCGCCAUUAAUUGACCCUCCUUCCCUCUCGAAAGUCAGCCUCAUCACACCGAACAUCGGCAUGGUAUACUCAGGAAUGGGUCCCGAUUACCGAGUACUGGUUGAUAAAGCACGCAAGGUGUCGCACACUGGCUAUAAGCGCAUCUAUAAUGAAUAUCCCCCAACAAGAAUAUUAGUCCAGGAUGUCGCCAGAGUCAUGCAAGAGGCAACGCAGUCUGGCGGUGUGCGGCCGUAUGGCGUUAGCUUGCUGAUUGCAGGAUGGGAUGAAGGUAUCGAGCCAGAGGCGGAGGACGCCGUUACUGCCGAUUCGCAUCCUGAUGAGAAGAAACAGUCUGGAAAGACUGGUGGUAUUCUGAAAGGUGGACCUAUGCUGUAUCAAGUUGAUCCCAGUGGAAGCUAUUUCCCAUGGAAGGCCACGGCAAUUGGUAAAAGCGCCACCUCUGCAAAGACAUUCCUAGAGAAGAGAUACACCGAGGGUUUGGAGCUGGAAGAUGCAGUCCACAUUGCCCUCUUGACACUGAAGGAGACAAUCGAAGGAGAAAUGAAUGGAGAGACAGUAGAGAUUGGUAUUGUUGGACCGCCAGCACAUCAUUUACUCGGCGUUGAGGGGGUUGAGGGGGCGCAAGGACCAAGAUUCAGAAAGCUGACCCCCCAAGAGAUUGAGGAUUACCUUACGAAUCUAUGA